UCGAUAUAAUUUUGGAAUCUCUACUUUUUCGUAGGUAUUUGAAGUUGAAUUAGGGCUUGGCGUGGCAGGCACGGUUUUCUUUCGACAGCGUGGCGAUGAAAAGGUUAAAUGAUUCGUAGAAUUGUUGCGUGUUUGUCGGUGGUGCCAUGGAUGGAUGUGAGGAUGCCUGCACAGGUGAAGGUAUGAUUGACAUUGACAUAGUAGACGAAGAGUUUGAAGGGGGUGGUGGCAUAGCUACAGAAAUUUCGUCUGCUAUUGUAUUCUGUAAUUUAAUUUUUAAUCUUAAUUUUUGUACUGGAUUCAUAUAUUUAAAAUAUGGAGCUAGCGAUUUCAAAAAUAGUAAAUCUUCAUCCUCAACUUCUUUUUCUUUCUCCUUAAACACUUUAAUUUUAUCUUCUUCUAGAUCUCUUCCACCUCUCGCCACGCUUGAUUUUAAGUAACUAGUGUAGCACGCCAUGUGGGUUAUCGGCGGGACACGUCGUUGACUUUAUCAACAGGCCGUGGGGUCCGCUGUGAUCCCACUAAUUCAUAUUAUUUUAUAGAGCUUGGCUUGCUAGAUAAAGAUUCAAAGAUGACUUCAUUGAUUAGUUCAGUUAAAGCGCUACCCGUGAAAAAAAUUUGAUUGAAAAUUGGACUAUAUUUAAAGUAGUAUAAGGAUAAAAAUUGAAUGAGUAAAACUAGUAUUAGAAAAAUAUUAUUUUUUAUUUAUUCAUCCAAAGCAGUGAAACUCACAAUUAUAAAAAUCAAAAUAUGUAAUAGAAAAACUAAGGAUUAAUUUGGAUGUGGAUUUCUGCGUAACAUUGUCCACGAACACUAGGUUUAGUUGGGCAUUCCAGGCACACGGUAUUUAGGGGGAGGGGGGGCACAUUGAUUCACGGGGCACAUUGGUACAGUAUCUAUAUCUCAAAACCGAUAAACGCUACACAGUCCGGCACAUCACUAGAAUGCUCAAGGGCAUUCACAAGAAUGACAGUUGUGAGUUGUGACACCGUUCGCCGCCAGUUUGCCAUUGGAUCUCAACGGUCACUAACGUGUUGAUAGUGGCGUGCGCCGCUGCCUACAAAAAAAAAACGUGAAAUGUAAUUGUGUCUCAGGAGGAUUCUUUUAGUUGUUUUUGUUAUUAUUUGUUACUACAGAAAAUGGUGCGCACGUACAAACCCAAAACUGAUAGAAAAAAUAUCAAUGAAGAAAACAUUGAAGACGCAAUACGUGAAGUAUUGUCAAAGACUUUAUCUAUACGCAAAGCAGCCGACAAAUAUAGCAUCAAAACUGCGACCCUACAACAUCGCAUAGAAAAAGCCAGAAAAUCAUUUGAAGCUACUAGAAUAUUAUCUACAAAUGAAGCAUCCUCUUCAUUACAAGCAGAAUCUUCUUUAUCACAAGCAGGUCCAUCUUCACCACAAAUAGCACCAUCUAUGGAGAUGGCACAAAUAGCGUCAUCUUCAGCACACACUACUACUGCAGCUUUAUCAUCACACACUGCUACAGCUACUUCAUCAAACAUCUAUGGUUCCAAGUAUACCGUUGCACAAGUUUUUUCAAUCGAACAAGAAAAGGCAUUGACUCAAUAUUUAUUGAAUUGCAGUAAAAUGCACUAUGGCCUUACAUUGAGACAGCUUUUGACUUUGGCAUACGAGUUCGCAGAAUCCUCAGGGUGUAAUUAUCUAAAACCCUGGAAAAAAACAAAUGCGCUGGAAAAGAUUGGGCAGCUGGCUUCAGGAAGAGAAACCCAGAAUUGAGUCUACGAAAACCAGAAAACACAAGCGCAGCAAGAAGCUUUGCUUUUAAUAAAGCUGCUGUAGCUCAAUUUCAUGAUAAUUACGAACGCAUAAUGAGACAGUACAAUUUUACACCCGAUCGAAUAAUAAACUUAGACGAAACAGGCAUAAGCACAGUUCUUUCUACUCCUAAAGUUAUUGCUGGAAGAAAACAAAGACAGGUGGGACAAAUAGUUUCUGCAGAACGCGGAGAGUUAGUUAUUUUCUGUGGUAUUAUUACUGCUACUGGUUCUUCUCUUCCUCCAGUUUAUGUCUUUCCAAGAGUUCACUACAAAGAUCACUUCCUAAAUGGAGCUCCUGAUGGAAGUCUAGGGUUGGCAAACAGAAGCGGCUGGAUGACAUCAGAAUUGUUUAUAAGAGUUUUGAAACACAUUCAACGCCUUACUUCGAGCAAUAAAGAUAACCCAAUUCUAAUCAUUCUUGACAACCACGAAUCGCACAUUUCAAUAGAAGCUGUUAACUACUGUCGUGACAACGGUAUUGUUUAUUUGAGUCUGCCCCCACACACGUCACACAAAUUGCAACCGCUUGAUGUAAGUGUGUUCGGACCCUUCAAAGGCAAAUUGAAGAUAGCUUUCAACGACUGGCACAUUCAAAAUGUUGGAAAGACUUUGACCAUAUACAACAUUGCUGAACUGUCAAAAUUAGCAUAUUUGGAAUCAUUUACACCAAAGAAUAUCAUAGGUGGUUUUUCCAAACCUGGAAUUUGGCCAAUUAAUAAACUGGUAUUUGGCGACGACGACUUUGCACCGAUAGACAUUUUCAGCACAGGUUAUCACGAUUUGACAGAUGAGAACACUCACAAAACACAAAAUUUACAUUUUGUAGACUCGGAAACAAGUCAAAAUAAUGAAGUUGUUGAUAGAGAACAAAAUAAAACUCCUACUUUGGAUACCGACCCAAUUUCAGUGUCUGAUGCUGACGAUUCUCUACAUGUUUCUUCAUCACCGGCUAUGCUUACUCCUGACGUAGUUAGACCUUAUCCAAAAAAGGCGAUUACUGACAGUGUCUUAAAAAGAAUAGGAAGAGAAAAGGGACGAUCAAGAAUAUACACUGACACACCAGAAAAACAUAGAUUAGAAAGCUUACGUAAUGAAAAGGACAGGAAAAGAGAAUUACAAAAAGCAAAACAGCAUGCAAAAGAAUUGAAAACAGCGAAAAAUCUGUUGGGGUUAACUGAGCCAAAAAAGAAAAAGAGUAACUUCUUUGCCUGCAGAAAUAGAUUCCGAUUCUAGUCUAGAUGAAGUCGUGAUGACGUGAAUGCCAUCGGAAUCAGAAGAAGAGGUAAUUAAUGAAGAACCAGUUAAUCCUGAACACAUAUAUAUUGGAGAUUUCCUACUAAUUAAGUUUGAGAAGAAGAAAACUGUGAUUCACUACGUUGCCAAAGUCGUAUUUAAGUAUAAUGUGACAGAAUAUGAAGUAUCAUAUCUCAGAAAAAAAACAGGGUCUUAUAAGUUGAUAUUUCCAAUUGUGGAAGACAAAGCAAGUGUCUAUGUUAGAGAUGUAGUUUUGCAAUUACCAAAACCAACUUUCUCCAAAGGCACAUCUCGAACAUCGUCGCUUUAUUCAUUUUCGGUAGGUUUAACUCGAUAUAAUAUCCAGUAGAUUGUUUUGUAAUUUAUAUGAGAGUUUUUAUGAUUAUUUUUGUUAAAUUUUUGAUGUUUGUUUAUUUUUUUAAGAAAACUAUUGUUCAUUUUGAUAGGAGGUUCUAAUAUU